CUCACCACCCCGUGGCCAUCCCACUCACCCUCGCUACGCCGCCUCCCGGUACUGCCCUCGCCUCGCCUCCCAGCACUAGGCGGAAAUCCCCCCGAGCUCCAGAUGUUUCUAGAAGGUUCGAGAGGAGGGUGCCGUCUCGAGAUGUCCCCGGGCUCCGCCUCCGCGGCCCCUCCCGUCGGCGCGCGCUGCGCCGUGUGCCGCGGCGUCGACUUAUCCGUCCCCCACCAGGCCAACUGCUCCCACUGGUUCUGCGGACAUUGCAUCGUGGGGUUGUGGCUACAUGGGUCUGUCCUGCGGCCAUCCAAUUUCCCUGUUUGCGUCGCCCCAUAAUGCUGCUGGUACCUUCCGAAGUUGCUUCCCUGCUGCGUGAUGAGCCGGAAAUCGCUCCUGUCAUGAACCGAAUUGAGCAGUACAAUGGCCGUUUUGCUGGAGUACCUCACAGUAUGAUUCAGGUAUUGAGACUCAAAUGUCUAUCAGAGGGUAGUAGGGUACAGUUGAAACUUGGUUGUUGAUAUACUUCAGUCACACCUAACUAGUAGGGUACAAUGCCGCGGCUUCGACAUCUCCGUUCCCCACCAGGCCAACUGCUCCCACUGGUUCUGCGGACAUUGCGUCGUGGCGGUGUGGCUGCAUGGAUCUGUCCUUCGGCCAUCGGAUUGCUAUGUUUCUUGCCGCCCCAUAAUUCUGCUGGUACUUUCUGAAGUUGCUUCCCUGCUGUGUGAUGAACCAGAAAUCGCUCCUGUCGUGAACUGGAUCGAGCAGUACACUCCUGUCGUGAACUGGAUCGAGCAGUACACUCCUGUCGUGAACUUGAUCGAGCAGUACAAUGGCCAUUUUGCUGGAGUUACUCACAGUAUGAUUCAGGCAUACCUGCCAUGUCUUCUGGAUAAACGCUUCUACAUUAUUGAGUGCCUUGCUGUCUGGAUUACAUCGGUGGAAAUGGCACACAGGUUUCCACUUCGAUUUAUGAUUCAAAAAACAACUUAAGAAGCUGCCUGCAGUCAGUUCAAAGUUGCAUGGUCUUAAGCAUGCUAUCUACAUUGAGGAUGAACCUGUUGAGGCCACCACACUUAAACAACUGAAACACUUGACAACAUUGUCUUUUAAUGCGGCCAACUCUCAUGUCCGUGUUCCUGGAAAUUCAAGCUUAUUUCAUCGGAAAAGGCGGUUAUAGGAAUUCUGAUUCUCCAAUGCCCCGUGGAGAAGUUAUCAUUGGUGGUUACAGUAUAACAAACGGUUAUUUCAACAAUGAAGCAAAAACAGAUGAGGUGUAUAAGGUGGACGUGAGAGGAAUAUGCUGGUUUUACACUGGAGAUAUCGGCCAGCUCCGUCCUGAUGGAUGCAUUGAGAUCAUCGACAGGGAAAAAUACAUAUUUGAACCAGCUCUACAUACAAGCAAUUAUGUGGAGAGUAUCAUGGCCUAUGCUGAUCCAUUUCAUACUUACUGUGUUGCACUGGUAGUUUCACCACACCAGGCCUUGAAGAAGUGGGCUCAAAAUUCAGGGAUAAGCUACAAAGACAUUGAGCAGCUGUGUCAUAAUGAUCAAGCAAUUAAGGAGGUCCAGCAGUCUCUAUCAAAGGGCACAAAAGCAGAAAGGCUUGAGAAGUUCGAAAUACCUGCUAAGAUCGUCUUUUGCCUGAAUGUUGGACGAGUCUGGCUUGUGACUAAGAGGGAGAAGCUAAAGACUAAAUUUCAAGAUGAUCUGAAGAAGCUCGAUCACUGACCUGCAAUUCACGAAAUCGCUUCUGUUGUGAACCGGAUUGAGCAGUACAGUGGGUGUUUUGCUGGAGGUCCUCACAGUAUGAUUCAGGGAUGCUUCUUGGUUUCCUCGUGUCCACAGAGGGAUGGAGGCAAACCCGCAGAAGAUUGACUCCAGAAUAUGAAGAAUCCAAAGGAAUUGAAGGAUGUCCAGAAACUGACCGAGUGUUUAGCUGCACUCAGUCGGUUCAUUUCCAGACUCGGGUAGAAGGCUCUUCCUCUCUACCAUGAAAAAAUCGGACUCUUUCAGCUAGACCUAGAGGCCAAGUCGGCUUUUGACGAUUUGAAACGACUGCUAUCCAAGCGGUUAGUACUUGCAUCUCCAAGGGAGUUGGAGCCCAUGCUCCUUUACCUCGCCGCCACCGACCGAGUGGCUAGCGUGGUCCUCACUGUUGAAAGAGAAGAAGGCAUGGCGUAGAAAAUACAUCGGCCUGUAUACUGUCUUAGCGAGGUCCUCACUGAGUCAAAACAGAGAUACCCACACUACCAUAAGCUUGUUUAUGGAGUUUCCAGGCAGCACGAAAGCUGGCUCAUUAUUUCCAGGAGCAUCAGAAUCCGAUCACACUGGUCAGCUCAGCAGUGCGCUCUGAUGUCAUUAACAAUCGGAACGCCAUCGGUCGAGUGGCCAAGUGGGCAAUUGAGCUGCCGCUACAUGAUCUUCAGUACUACCGACAUCCUGGUUUAUUGGUUCUCAUUGUAUUUUGUGCCCAAAUUUGAUCAUAGAUUUAACUGCAAAAAUAUUAAGAGUGUGGUUUUCUGUAGCUCAGGCUACAUGGUACCCCUUAUCUUUGCUAUCCAUUUAUGCAUCGUGAUCCGUGCAGACACAUUUGUCUUUUUUGUUUCUCUCAAACGACAUAACAUAUAAACUUCAAAUUUUGCAGAACAACAAUGUAUUCUAACUACAAUUUGGGAAAAAACUUUCAGAUUUUUUCAUGCAUUUUAAAUACUUGUAAUAAUAUUUUAUUCAAAGAAAAUCUCAUUUUGUAUAUUUAUAUCAGACCGAAAAAUCUGAAUGUUUUUUCACACAUUGAUGUUCUAAUGUUUGUUCGAUCUGCAAAGUUUGAAGUUCAUAUGUUGUUUCAUUUUAGAGAAACAAAAAAGAGAAAUCUUCUUGUUGUUAGUUAGUUGGAGAGUACGGAUCUCAAAGCAAGGCUGGGGGGUUGAGGAUAAGAGGUUCCAUGUAGCCUGAGCUACAAAGGAACUUUGUGAAAUAUUAAUGCAUGUUAUCAAAAUUAUAUCGUUGGAUUCGUAUUUGAACUUAGUUUCCAGUGAUACUAUUUUUUGUGACAUGCAUUAAAAUUUUGUUAACUAAAGCCAUAUUCAAAAUUUGGCACAAAAUACUAAGGGGACCAAUAAACUAGGACGGAGGUAGUAUGAGCCAAGAAAAGCAAUCAAGUCACAGGCACUCGCUGAUUUCGUGGAGUGGAUAGAAUCCUAAGAUCCUCCCAGCCAGCAACACUCGGAUCAUUGGAUCAUGUAUACUUUGACGGAUAAAAAAUGUUGGCCGUGGCAGGAGCCAGAGUUGUCCUUAUUUCGACCAAGGGUGAUAAGCUAAG